AGUGUGUUGCCCAGCAAAGCCUGUAGGGGCAGGAUCGCACUGAGCAUCAGCCCCGACCAGCUAUCAUAGAGAAGGAGGGUAAAGACCAAAGUGCUCAUCCCGGAAGCCAGUGGAUUCAAUCCCUGGCACCAGCACCAGCACCAUGCCUAUGACACUGGGUUACUGGGACAUCCGUGGGCUGGCUCAUGCUAUUCGCCUACUCCUGGAAUACACAGACUCAAGCUAUGAGGAGAAGAGAUACGUUAUGGGCGGCGCUCCCGACUUUGACCGAAGCCAGUGGCUGAAUGAGAAGUUCAAGCUGGGCCUGGACUUUCCCAAUCUGCCCUACUUAAUGGACGGCCCCCAUAAGAUCACUCAGAGCAACGCCAUCCUGCGCUACAUUGCCCGCAAGCACAACAUGUGUGGGGAGACAGAGGAAGAAAAGAUUCGUGUGGACAUUUUGGAGAACCAGGUUGUGGAUGUCACCAAUCACCUCGCUAGAAUCUGUUACAGCCCAGACUUUGAGAAACUGAAGGGAGAAUACUUGGAGCAGCUCCCCGGGAUGAUGAAGCUCUUCUCACAGUUCCUGGGGAAGCAGACAUGGUUUGUCGGUGAAAAGAUAACUUUUGUGGAUUUCCUUGCUUAUGAUAUCCUGGACCUGAACCGUAUAUUUGAACCCAAGUGUCUGGACGCAUUCCCAAACCUGAAGGACUUCAUGGCCCGCUUUGAGGGACUGAAGAAGAUCUCUGCCUACAUGAAGAGUAGCCGCUUCAUCCCAAGACCUCUGUUUUCAAGAUGGGCCACGUGGGGGAAUAAGUAGGGCCUUACAGGGCAGGAGGUGAUGUGGGAGUCCCCCCCCCCCAUGUACUGUGAUUACAAUUAACAAAUAAAGAAACUGCUUUGGACCUAUAGCAAGGCAGAACUUAGGUAGGUAGGAAAAGCUAAGGUGAAUGCUGGGAGAGAAAAGGGUGGAGUCAAAGAGAAGCCAUGGAGCUGCUGCCAGAGUCAGAUGUGCAGAAACUUUGCAUGUAAGCAAAGUCACAUGGCGAUAUACAGAUUAAUAGAAACGGGAUCAAUUAAUAUAAGAGUUAGCCAAUAAGAAGGUAGAGAUAAUGAGCCAAGCAGUGAUUUAAUUAACA